UUAGGGGCGGAGCUGGGAGAUGGCGUCCGGAGCGGCUCGCUGGCUGGCGUUGGCGCCCGUCCGAUGUGGGGCUCUGAGGAGCGGACCGAACUGGAGGAAAGGUGGAGAGGUCUCCGCAGGACGAGGCGGUCCAGGUCGGACCCUGGUGCCGUGGAGGUCAGUCAUCGUUACUCGCAGCGGCGCCAUUUUGCCCAAACCGGUGAAAAUGUCCUUCGGCCUCCUCCGUGUGUUCUCCAUCGUGAUCCCUUUUCUCUAUGUUGGGACGCUCAUUAGCAAGAACUUUGCUGCUCUACUUGAGGAGCAUGACAUUUUUGUCCCAGAGGACGAUGAUGACGAUGACUAACAGGGUAUGCAGGAAGUACAGCAAGGAGAAAACCCUACCUUAACUAAGAAACGGUGAUGCUCACAGCCUCCCCUCCUCCCCUAUCAGCAGAAGAGUCCAGAGAAAGCCCUCAGCCUCCCGACUCCAGUGAAGCCUCCUGCAUGGUCUGUGACCACAGCCCAGAUCCCCAGGCUCUAGGAGGUUCCCUGCGAUGUGCUGUCCACCGAGCACAAUCAGAUUAUGAAUAAACAUCAGCUCUGUAUGACUAA